AUGAAUUCAAAAAUUUUCUUUUUCUUUUUUAUCUGCUGUGCCAUUGCCGUGACUACUGUAUCUGCACUCGAUUUAUUGAAGGAAAUGGGAGGACAUGGCGAGGGAGUAGGCGAUACAUUACUCAACCCUGCACCGGCUCUUGACCAGCUAUUAAACGAGAAGGACUCCAAAAAUAAGGGUGGUGAUUUAAUCCCCAAAAUUCUUUGA